AUGGUUUCUGACUCAGCUUUUGGAGAAGAGAGACAGUCAGACUUGGCUGUUGGCGAAGAGAGACAAAGUCAGAAUCUGGUGUUGGAGAAGAGCGACAAAGGCAGACUCAGAUGUUGCAGAAGAGCGACAAAGUCAGACUUAGCUGUUGGAGAAGAGCUACAAAAUCAGACUCAGAUGUUGGAGAAGAGCGACAAAGGCAGACUUAGCUGUUGGAGAAGAGUGACAAAGACAGCCUCAGCUGUUGGAGAAGAGAGACUAAGUCAGACUCAGCUGUUGGAGAAGAGCAACAAAGACAGACUCAGCUGUUGGAGAAGAGCAACAAAGUCAGACUCAGCUGUUGGAGAAGAGCAACAAAGACAGACUCAGCUGUUGGAGAUGAGCAACAAAGUCAGAUUCAGCUGUUGGAGAAGAGAGACAAAGUCAGACUCAGCUGUUGGAGAAGAGCAACAAAGACAGACUCAGCUGUUGGAGAAGAGCAACAAAAGGCUCGUCGACUACCAUGAAGAGAUUCAGAAGGCGGGCGGAAGAGAAGAACGCACUCGUGUGAUUCAAAUUACUGAGGAGGUGUUGCAACAGCAUGAGAAAGACCUGCAGCUAAAGACCAAAGAAGCGGCGCGGAUGACGAGGCUCAUCCAGGAACAAAACUACGCGACCAAAAAGCGCGAAUCCGACAGGAAAGACCUCGAGCUCAGGAUCCAGCGCCUGCAGAAAGAAGUGGAAGACCUCACAGACGAAGUGUGGACUCCAGUGUGA